GCGUCUGGUUAUAAUCAUCAAGCAGGUCAAAACAUGAUGAAUCCUGCUCUAACGACAUGAAUGGGAAGCUAAAGUCUAAUAAUGAGUAACUGUGUCACUUCAUCUUUUAUGUAAGCUGCUCAUCUCCUGCUCCUGCAGCCAGCAUCCAGGGAGCCAGCACGAAAAUAUGGACAGUUCAUCAGGAAAGCUGCAGUACUGGAGGCUGUAUCUGCUGUCGCUGGUGUUGGGAAUAGGGGGGUCAUUUCAGUAUGGGAUUCAAGUGUCUGUCAUUGCUUCUCCGGCAGUGCACGUUCAGAGUUUUGUGAACGACACCUGGUUGUCUAGGUACGGCGCUCCAGUGGAGGAUUCCACCAACCAGCUCAUCUGGUCCUUCAUCGUGGCUGUGCUGAGUCUUGGAGCCUGGGCCGGGGCCAUUCACAGCGGCAGCCUUCCUGUCACUUACGGCCGGAAAAAAGCUCUCUUGAUCAACAACGUUGUGGCGUUUGUCGCUGCUCUUCUCAUGAUCUUCAGCCGCAUGGCCAAGUCUUUUGAGAUGAUCUUGCUGGGAAGAUUUCUUUAUGGAUAUAACGUUGGUCUCGGCUUGAGUGUUCACCUCAUGUACCUCGGUGAGAGCUCUCCAAAGAACCUCAGAGGUUUCCUGACUCUCACAAGCUCAAUCUUUAUUGCAUUUGGAAAAAUAACGGGUCAGAUAAUUGGCAUCAAGGAGAUGAUGGGUACAGAAGACAUGUGGCCGUAUCUCUUAGCUACCAGUGGUGUUCCUGCCAUCCUGCAGUUUGUGAUGCUGCUUUUCUUCCCCGAGGCACCUCGACACCUUUACAUUGACAAAGGAGACAUUGGAGGCAGCAAAAAAGCCUUGCAGUGGCUGUGGCAGGAGGACAAUGUAAAGCAGGAGCUGGACGACAUGCAGCAGGAGAGAGACAGCACCCAGGGAGAGAAGGCCAAGACUGUGAGGGACGUGCUCUGCUCCCGCUGUGUUCGAUGGCAGCUACUGACCCUUAUGAUCCCAUGUGCUGGGAUUCAGUUCUGUGGCAUCAACGCUCUGUAUUUUUACGCCUUUGACAUCUUCAGUGAAUCAGGAGUGCCAGAGGAGCAGAUGCAUUACUUGGCUAUUGGUUUUGGAGCAACAGAGCUCAUCACCGUGUCACUGUGUUCUUUCCUAAUAGAUCGUGCUGGCAGAAAGAAGCUGAUGGGCUAUGGCUAUCUACUGAUGGGUGUCACAAUGAUAGUACUUACUGUCACACUGUCCAUCAAGAAUCUGACCUCAUGGAUCCCAUAUGUGAACAUCAGCCUGAUCUUUUGCAUCAUCUGCAUUUUUGGACUUGGACCUUCUGGAGUGUCCAUGGCUCUUCCUGCUGACCUCUUCCUACAAGCCUGGCGUCCUUCUGCUUUUGUGAUCAGUGGGUCCAUUAACUGGCUCUGCAUGUUCCUUGUUGGGAUGUUGUUUGGCUACAUUGUGGACGGACUCGGGCAGUUCUGCUUCCUGAUCUUUGUGGCCUACUCCAUUUCCAGUGCGGCAUUUCUGUUAUAUUUUGUCCCAGAGACCAAAGGAAAGACAAUGGUCGAGAUUAUGGAGGACUUCAACAAACUGAAUUACAAGAACAAGGGCAUUGACACUGACAGGUCUGACAUUGAUCUUGGAACUAAAUUUUAACAUUAAAAAUAUAUACAGUACACAUCAUUUAUCACCUGUGACAUUUUUUGCAACUGAAACUGUAUUUCAAGACACGAUCAUGCGAUUUAUUGUUUCAUUCAAUGUAAUCAUAAAUGAGUGUUACCUGUUAGAAUGACCAUCUACCAGAUUAUUAGGAACACUGAAACCAGAUCAUAUACACACACACAGUGCUGACGGUAAGAAUGUGAAGUCUGUAAAUAUAUUAACAUGGAAAAUAAAACAUUUGUAAACUGUGUUGGAAAA